AUGUGUCUGAACGAUUUGCAUAGGUAUUUGUUGAUAAUCUGUACGUUGAUGCAAGUUGUUGUGAUUGGCACCAUUCAAAUUGAUGCUGCUUUCUUUCCAUGUCAAAUCAACAAGCUGGAGAGCAGCAAGAAGCAUGAUUUGAACGUCAUUUUGUUAUUUGAGGGGGAUGUUGAUUUCUACCAACCGAACCAUCAUUACAACGCAUCGAUCACCUUGAGCGAACAUAUUGACAGUUUGAAAGUUAUUGCGUCAUAUGGCAAUCAUCACAUUACGGACCGAGACAAUGAUGCGGACGCAGACAAGCAUUCCAGCGAAAAUGAAAACAACAUCAACUUAUGCACGUCCGUACUGAAUGUUGAAGAACCUGGAAAGGAAAAAAUCAAAUUAUUUUUCAGCUGGAAAGCUCCAGAUGAUAUUUCUGACUGCGUUCAAUUCAGGCGGUCGACCAAGGGUUUCCAGCUUUCAAACGAUUGCGACUCAACUAAUUACAAAUCAAUGACAUGUCAAAAUAAUGAUGAAGUCGAAAUGGUUGUUUACUUUUGUCAUUUAAAAAAAAAUUUAUCAACUUAUGAAAAACAGAUCGAAUUAGAAACCACAUUUAAUAUAAAUCUGCCAGAAGAGUUGAGGGAGCCAAAGAACUGUGUUAGGUGGGUCUCUAUUCCCAACGAAACGAAUUACACAGGAUCUUGCUGGGGAUUGGAUGAUGUGCUAAUCAAAUCAUCUACUAGUUUUAAAAAUUUUCUUUUCGAUAACUUCAACGAUAUUGAUGCUUCUAAUUGGUUAUUUUUCAAUCAAAUAAAGUUAAAGAUGUUGACGGAAAGAUCAUUUUUGCAUUUUGAAAACAACGCGAGUUACAUUAUAAGCAAUGACUUAACCUUAAACAAGUCUCCUAUUGGUAAUGACGACAACUUACUUUCGACUGGUACAGAAUUGGUAAUGCAGGUGACUGUUGAAGUUCUCUUAGAUGCAAAUUUCAUAUACGACCACACUGAAAGCGUGAUGUCUAUCGAGUAUUCUGGAGAUUAUGGCGCUCAUUGGAACCUACUGCAUGAGAUCUGCUUCAACUCGCCUGCAUGUUACCUCACAUCGCAUUCUUUUUCCGUGCAUCUUUACGACAGGAACGAGAUUCAAAAUCAGCAAAGACACACGAUCCUUCUAAGUGAGGCCCUCAACAACACAUCGCCAGUACGAUUUCGAUGGUCGGUCACCAAUCGAAGAAGUGGAAGUACAGUCCUCUGGAACGUGCUCAAGGUAUUUUAUAAAAUUCCACUAAUUUACUUCAACGUUUUAACAUCAGUCUACGUUGGUCACUGUCGUGAAGAGUGUUGGUCAAGAAGUGGAGACUGUCUGCCAAACUUAACCUGCAGAAGUUGUGAAGGUGGUGGCGUUGAGAAACAUUGCACGUCAUCACCUCAACCACCACUUCAUGAAGACUUUGCUGACGCUCCAUUCAAGUUGGAUGACGAGGAAGAGAUUGGUCAUUUGUUUUCUUAUCACACUGGGGCUUCUUCCUCGUACUCGUGCGGAGUUUUGUCAUCAGGAAGGUCAAUGGUCUUCAAUGAGGCAGGAUUGAGGAUGGGCGUCAUGAGAAUGUUUAACACCACAGGAGUUAAGUUCUUACGAUUCUCUUUAAAAGUUUGUGACUUCUAUGAAGAUGAAUUUGAUGAUGCUGUCAACAAUAAAAGUUAUAUUCAUGUCGUUGCCGCAUUCGUUCUUGUUGAAAUUUCAUGUGACAGUGGAGUGAAAUGGAAAACGUUGAAAAACAUUUCACUGUCUACUGGAGAAUUCAUAAAAGAAAAAACGUUCACGAUAAACAUCGAACCCCGGAGAAACAAUCCACCAAAUGACGCCACCUUCGAAGCCAUUCUUACAAAUGAGAAAAACAAAUUAGAGAGCGACAGCAGCGUCUACAGCAGAAACAUAUGCAACACCAGAAUUUGGCAGCCGGCAGAUGCACAGCUGAAUAAUCAGGUGUGGGCCCUGGAUGAUGUUGUUUAUGCCACCUUUAUGCAUGAUGCUCUACUGGAAAGAUUCCAUUCUCCUGAUCCUGAAUUAGCAGGGAAAGGAAAAAUGAUUUUUGACAAAGCCAGCGUUGGAAAUUAUUGCCAGAGAAAUAAUGUGUAUAGGUUCCAAUAUCUUUCCUCCUUAGAAACCAAUGCAUUGCACGUCAACUCAGGCCAUAUAAUUCAAUUUAAACUGGCCUAUGGCUGUUCAAGAAUAACUCAUUUGAUAAGUACACCAUCUGCGUUAUCUGUGUUUGUGGUUAAAUUUUCUGUUGAUAAUGGAAAAACUUGGAACAUCCUUGAAAAAGGAUGUGUGGCGAUGGGAGAUUGUGACAAUAAUUAUAAACAAGGAUCCAUUUUUCAUCCAGUUGAGUUCUAUUAUGGCUGGAAGAAUUUGGUCAUUGUGAUCCCUAAACAUGCAUUGUCACCAUACACAAGGUUUAAGUUUGAAACAAAAAGUCUCCACCAGUUCUAUCAAAGCAAGAUGGAUUUCCACAUAAAUGACCAUAAACUUGACCACCACCUUAUUAGCAACGGCAAAUUGUGGGCCUUAGACGAUUUGUACAUUGGACCGAGCUGCCCUGAUCAUUGUAACGGACACGGUGAAUGUCUUUUUGGAGAGUGCAAUUGCGAUGCAGGUUUCCAGGGAGAGAGCUGCAGAUAUAUAACUCCCCCGCCAAUGAAGAUGAAUUUAAAUUUUUCAACUGUAACGAAUUUUGACUCUCAUUGGCAAGAGCUGCUUGGAGGAAAAAUCGUGACGGCUGGAGAAGGAUGUGGUGUUGUUUUGGCUGGAGAGUCUUUGUACUUCUAUGGAAGUUUGCUAAGAAGAGCGACGACUAGAGAUUUGUGUGGUCCAAGUGUGGACUUCAUUCAGUUCUACUUAAAAAUCGGUGGAUCAAACAAUUCAAAUUGUUUAUCGCAAAAAUUUAAACCACGACUAAAUACUGAAAAUAAUGCUAAAUGUUACGAACGUGAUCUGCAGAAGAGAGGUGACAACAAAAAUUUGUUGCUUUCCUACACAAGAAAUGGCGGAGCUACAUGGGAUUUGUUGAAAGAGUUCUGGGUAGACCAUUUUAGAGCAGCUAGAUUUGUCCACAUCGCACUUCCACCUGAAGCCCAAACUGGUCCUGUGCAGUUCAGAUUUUGGCAACCCGUGAAAUAUUACGACUACAUCAUGGAUGAUGAUGAUGAUGACGACUAUGAGACAAGAAUUAACGAGAAAGAAAACUCAUAUGAUGAUGUCUAUUAUGAUGAGUACGACGAAAAUGAGACAGGUGGAUGGAAUUACGGCGAUGUUUCCGAUGAAAACCACGAUUUGAUGUAUGAAAUUGAUGAACAGUGGGCGAUUGAUGAUUUAAUUAUCGACUCUUAUGAAACAUCCAAAACUAAGAGAAGCACGAAAGUAACAGCUAAUGCUAACGGGCUAUCACUGAAAGAGUUCAGUUCAAUAGACGGCGAUGGUUGGAUGACGUUGACUGACUCGAUGAUCGGUUACUAUUGCUCCUCCGCGCAUCCUGUCAUCAUGUUCAACUUGGACUUCUCCGAAAAAAUUGCCAUGACCACCGAACUGAUUGUCCAGCCCGGAGAUGUUCUGCAAUUCAAGAUAAACGUUGGCUGCAGUCAGUCAUUCAAUCCAAACCAUCCUGUCUACCUGGAAUAUUCCAUCAAUCGUGGAAUGACUUGGCAUCUGGUCAAACCUCCAUGCUACCAAGCGCCAGGUUAUGAUGAUGCGGCUUGUACAAAGUCUGAACUGAUGGAUGCGAGCGUGUACUACGAAGGUGGCCGAGUAGGUUGGGUCACCGAGGUUGUCCCACUCGAUCAUUUAAUGUCCACUUCAAUAAGGACCUUCAACUUCAGAUGGCUUCAAAGUAACAACAGCAGAAUCAUUAAAUUAGACAAAAAUUCCUAUUCAGCCGACAGAAUUAAAAGCAAUGACACCAACAAUUACAAUAAUAACAACAAUAAUAACAAUUACCCUUUCACGUUUGCGCUAUCUGACGUGUAUGUUGGGCCCGCUUGCUACAAACACUGUUUUGGCCAAGGAUUGUGCUCGGUCGAUGGAUGUCUUUGUUUCAAAGAUUUCAAAGGAAAGUUUUGUGAGCAUUUUCGUUUGACGGACGUACGGUGGAUCGACAAGUUUGACGCUACAACCUCACCCACCAACAACAAAACUUUCACAUAUGCGAGACAUAAAAUCAACUCCAAAGUAGACAACCAAGGGACCAGCAAGAGCAAGCUUUCGAAAUAUUGGUCUGAAGUGCUUGGUGCAUCAGUUGGGUUGGCAGCCUGUUACGCAGCUACUGGAGAUUCGGGAUUGAGGAGUGAAGCAUUAAAUUUUAACAACUAUGGCACAAGAAUGGCCAGAACUUUCCCAUUAGAUGUUACUCAUAAAAAGUCAAUACAGUUUCUGAUACAAAUAGGCCUAACGUUAAAUGUUAAAGAUUGCAAGCCGCCCCGCAGUUACGAUGAUCGCGUCAUAUUUGACUACUCGACGAACAACGGAAUUACGUGGACAACAAUGAAACAACUUGAUCCACACGCUCUUGCAAACAGACCACAAACUCUUUCUUUCAACUUAGCUAGAAAUUCAAAAUCAAAUCGAACAGUUUUCCGAUGGUGGCAACUCCUUGGAGAUCCACCCGGAAAUCUGGAGAGGGCAGGCUGGAGCAUUGAUGACGUUGUCCUUAUUGAUGAUGUCGUCAUCACUGACUUGAUGGAGGAAGAUGGUGGCAAUGAGGAAAGCUACCAAGGAGAUGAGGCCACACACAAACGUGCCUUUGCAGACGAUGCUAAUUUCAAUACUUAUUUGAAUGGGAACAAUUUCAAUAGUAGUCGUAAAACUCAGCUGCAUCAUAAACAACAUUUUGGUUUCCUAAAUGACUUUAAAGGCGGUAUAAAUUAUGAAAUCUGGUCUAAUCUGAUUGGUGGAUUUAUUGGAAUUUAUUGCAAAUCUGGGCACGAUGUUCUUGUUUUUAGUAAAAACAGCGAAAGAAGGUACAUUGAAACGUGGGACUUCCCUGUAUCCAAGAUGACGUUUAUUCAAUUUGAAUUAGUCAUGUUAUGCGGAGAUUUCCACUCGACAAUUUUUAACAUCUCUCUCGAUUUUUCAGUGGACCAAGGCAGGACAUGGUACCCUGUGGUACCCUCAUGUUAUGCCACCGAUGUCUACCAUUGCACCGCUCAGCAGUUAGAUGGAACUUUCAACUCAGCCAUGUACAAAAACUGGAAGAGAGUUACGAUCCCCGUGCCAACACAAGCCGUGUUAGACUAUUGA